GCUCUCGGAGCCUUGCCUGGCCAUGGCCGGAACCCGCCCGCCGCCUCCGGGGCUCCUGCCGCUGCUGCCUCCGCUGUUGCUGCUGCUCCUGCUUCUGCCUGCCGGCUGCCGGACGCUAGAAGAGACCCUCAUGGACACAAAAUGGGUGACAUCUGAAUUGGCAUGGACAUCUCAUCCAGAAAGUGGGUGGGAAGAGGUAAGUGGCUAUGAUGAGGCCAUGAACCCCAUCCGCACGUACCAGGUGUGUAAUGUGAGAGAGUCCAGUCAGAACAACUGGCUGCGCACAGGGUUCAUCUGGCGGCGGGACGUGCAGCGUGUCUACGUGGAGCUCAAGUUCACUGUGCGUGACUGCAAUAGCAUCCCUAACAUCCCUGGCUCCUGUAAGGAGACCUUCAACCUCUUCUACUAUGAGGCUGACAGCGACGUGGCCUCAGCCUCCACCCCUUUCUGGAUGGAGAACCCCUACAUGAAGGUGGACACCAUUGCCCCCGAUGAGAGUUUCUCACAGCUUGAAACUGGUCGCGUGAACACCAAGGUGCGCAGCUUCGGGCCGCUCUCCAAGGCCGGCUUCUACCUGGCCUUCCAGGACCAGGGUGCCUGCAUGUCGCUCAUAUCUGUGCGCGCCUUCUACAAGAAGUGUGCGUCCACCAUCGCAGGCUUUGCACUCUUCCCUGAGACCCUCACUGGAGCUGAACCCACCUCGCUGGUCAUUGCCCCCGGCACCUGCGUUCCCAACGCUGUGGAGGUGUCAGUACCCCUCAAGCUCUACUGCAAUGGCGAUGGGGAGUGGAUGGUACCUGUAGGCGCCUGCACCUGUGCCACCGGCCAUGAGCCAGCUGCCAAGGAGACCCAGUGUCGCCCCUGUCCCCCUGGGAGCUACAAGGCAAAGCAGGGAGAGGGGCCCUGCCUCCCCUGCCCCCCCAAUAGCCGUACCACCUCACCAGCUGCCAGCAUAUGUACCUGCCACAAUACCUUCUACCGUGCGGACUCAGAUUCUCCAGACAGUGCCUGCACCACGGUGCCGUCUCCCCCACGGGGAGUGAUCUCCAACGUAAAUGAGACCUCUCUGAUCCUCGAGUGGAGUGAACCUCGGGACCUGGGUGGCCGAGACGACCUCCUGUACAAUGUCAUCUGCAAGAAGUGCCGGGGGGUCCCUGGGACUGGGGGAUCCUCAGGCUGCUCACGCUGUGAUGACAACGUGGAGUUUGUGCCUCGGCAGCUGGGCCUGACAGAGCGCCGGGUCCACAUCAGCCACCUGCUGGCCCACACACGCUACACCUUCGAGGUGCAGGCAGUCAAUGGUGUCUCCGGCAAGAGCCCCCUGCCUCCUCGCUAUGCAGCUGUGAAUAUCACCACCAAUCAGGCUGCACCAUCUGAAGUGCCUACGCUACACCUGCACAGCAGCUCAGGCAGCAGCCUGACCCUGUCCUGGGCACCUCCAGAGUGGCCCAACGGAGUCAUCCUGGACUACGAGAUGAAGUACUUUGAGAAGAGUGAGGGCAUCGCCUCCACAGUGACCAGCCAGAAGAACUCAGUGCAGCUGGAUGGGCUGAGGCCUGACGCCCGCUACGUGGUACAGGUUCGGGCCCGCACUGUGGCUGGCUAUGGACAGUACAGCCACCCAGCUGAGUUUGAGACCACAAGCGAGCGAGGUUCUGGUGCUCAACAACUCCAGGAGCAGCUCCCCCUCAUCGUGGGCUCAGCCAUGGCCGGGCUGGUCUUCCUGGUGGCUAUCGUGGUCAUUGCCAUCAUCUGCCUCAGGAAACAGCGACACCGCACUGAUUCGGAGUACACGGAGAAGCUACAGCAAUACGUUGCUCCUGGAAUGAAGGUUUAUAUUGACCCUUUUACCUAUGAGGACCCUAACGAGGCUGUGCGGGAGUUUGCCAAAGAGAUCGACGUGUCAUGUGUCAAGAUAGAAGAGGUGAUUGGAGCUGGGGAGUUUGGGGAAGUGUGCCGGGGUCGACUGAAACAGCCCGGCCGUCGGGAGGUGUUUGUGGCUAUCAAGACACUGAAGGUGGGCUACACUGAAAGACAGCGGCGGGACUUCCUGAGUGAAGCCUCCAUCAUGGGUCAGUUUGACCACCCCAACAUCAUCCGACUGGAGGGCGUGGUCACCAAAAGUCGGCCAGUGAUGAUCCUCACUGAGUUCAUGGAGAACUGUGCUCUGGACUCCUUCCUUCGGCUCAACGAUGGGCAGUUCACAGUCAUCCAGCUGGUGGGCAUGUUGAGGGGCAUUGCUGCUGGCAUGAAGUACCUAUCGGAGAUGAACUACGUGCACCGAGACCUGGCUGCCCGCAACAUCCUCGUCAACAGCAACCUAGUCUGCAAAGUCUCCGACUUCGGACUCUCCCGCUUUCUGGAGGAUGAUCCCUCCGAUCCCACCUACACCAGUUCCCUGGGCGGGAAGAUCCCCAUUCGAUGGACCGCCCCAGAGGCCAUAGCCUAUCGGAAGUUCACUUCUGCUAGUGAUGUGUGGAGCUACGGAAUCGUCAUGUGGGAAGUCAUGAGCUACGGGGAGAGACCCUACUGGGACAUGAGCAACCAGGAUGUGAUUAAUGCCGUGGAACAGGAUUACCGGUUGCCCCCACCCAUGGACUGCCCCACAGCACUGCACCAGCUCAUGCUAGACUGUUGGGUGCGGGACCGGAACCUCAGGCCCAAGUUCUCCCAAAUUGUCAACACCCUGGACAAGCUCAUCCGCAACGCUGCCAGCCUCAAGGUCAUCGCCAGUGCCCAGUCUGGCAUGACACAGCCCCUCCUAGACCGCACUGUCCCAGAUUAUACGACCUUUACAACCGUUGGUGACUGGCUGGAUGCCAUCAAGAUGGGGCGGUACAAAGAGAGCUUCAUCAGCGCAGGGUUUGCGUCCUUUGACCUAGUGGCCCAGAUGACCGCAGAAGACCUGCUUCGGAUCGGAGUCACCUUGGCAGGCCACCAGAAGAAGAUCCUCAGCAGCAUACAGGACAUGCGGGUGCAGAUGAACCAGACGCUGCCUGUGCAGGUCUGACACCUGAUUCCCACCGGUGGCUGCCCCUCAAGGACUACAAAGAGAUCUGACCAGCCAGCUGGACUUUUAGACGUCUGGCUUCAGACUGUGGCCAGAAGAAGGAAGUUUGGGGAGCGCCAGGCCUGUGCUCCCUCCCCAGGAAAUAUGCCCCAAACCUCUUCAUAUUGAAGAAGGAUUAGGAGAGGGAUUAUGGUCCCCUCCCCAGACUUACUGGGGCUCAGGUCUUUCUGCUCUCCAGUGGGUGCUUCCCACAACCUCAGACUUGGCUACACCUCAGUACUGGAGGUCCUGGCAGGAUCAGUGGGGUUCCACAGGGCCCAGCCCUGGCAGGGGUCUGGCCCCCCCAGGUAGGCAGAAAGCAGUCCCUCCCUCAGGAACUGGAGGAGGGGACUCCAGGAAUGGGGAAAUGUGACACCCUACCCCAAAGCCAGCUGGCACCUCCAGUUUGCACAGGGACCGUUGUUCUGGGAGCUGAGGGGUCUGCCCCCACCCCUGUCCUUGGUGCUGUUAUAAAAGGGCAGGCAGGGGCAGACUGAAAAG